AUGACAAGAAAGGAACUGAGAAGCGAUGGAGAAAAGGAAGAAUCAUUUGGUAGCCUUACUUUCCUUAUCCACACUUCUCCUCUCUCUGCAGCUUAAUCACAACGUGGCCAGGGCUGCGCCCUACAAGCCCCCCCCGGGCCCCGGCCCUGGCCGCACCACAACCGUGACGCGCCACUUCGUGCUCGUGCAUGGCGCAUGCCUCGGUGCCUGGUCUUGGUACAAGCUGGUCCCUCUUCUAAAGUCUUCUGGUCACAACGUCACCGCCGUGGACCUCGCGGCCUCCGGCAUCGACCCGGCGCAGGCCGACGACUUGCGGUUCAUGUCCGCCUACUUCCGGCCUCUGAUGGACUUCAUGGCGGCUCUCCCGCCCCGGCAGCGGGUCAUUCUGGUCAGCCACAGCUUCGGCGGACUAGCCAUCUCCAAGGCCAUGGAGAGGUUCCCGGAGAAGAUUGCUGCGGCUGUGUUUGUCACUGCCUUGAUGCCUGGUCCUUCCCUCAACAUUUCUGCCCUCUACCAAGAGGGAUCAAGGAGUAAAGAAUCCCUACUGGACAGCUAUUAUAUAUAUGGGAAUGGGCCUAACAACCCUCCAACUAUAUUCGUUUUGGGGCCUUUACAAUUGGCAGAAGAUAUGUUCCAAAUGAGCCCAAUCGAGGAUUUGACAUUAGCAUCUAUGUUGGUGAGACCAUUUCGCGUAUUCACGCAAGAAGAACAAUCAAGGGAGUUGGUCUUAUCAACUGAGAACUAUGGUUCCGUUCGUCGAGUUUACAUCAUCUCUAAUGAAGACAAUAAUGAAAAGCCCAAUUUUCAGCGAUGGAUGGUCAUGAAAAAUCCACCCGAUGAAGUGAAAAUUAUCGCUGAUUCUGAUCAUAUGGUCAUGAUAUCCCAGCCAAUUGAGCUUUAUGUUCAUCUUCAAAAUAUUGCCAAAAAAUAUUCUUAAUUUUCCUUAUUUGUUUUGAGUGUAUUUAGCAAGAAUAUAGCACUCUAAAAUUAUAUUUAAUAUGGUUCAAAUAGGUCGACGAAACAAUCUAAAUUCAAAGCUCGAAACAUAUGUUUCGAAAAACAGCCUAAAUUUCAGUAUUGUGAUGUCAUUGUGGGAUUCUUUGUGUGGUUUUUUCUUUUGUAUAAUUGUAAUCAAUUAGUAAGGGUGUACUACACUUGAAUUUCUCAUAAUAAA